AUAAAAAGUAGUUGUACUCUAUAGCAAUUUCAAGCUCUCACUCUUCUCACAACGCCGUCAUUUAUAAGCCCCAAACACACACACACACACACAAACGCUCAUUUUGUGCCGCAUUCUCCAUUUUUGUCAGUCUCUCUGCCGCCAUCGACUCCCCGGCCGCCGAGAGAAAGAGGGUUCAGCAGGCGUGGAAUGAUACCUUGAUUUUGAUCUGUCGUAUUACUUGAUCGUAUUAUUUCGAUUUUUUUAUAGGAUAUUUUUUGAGGGGUGAUUUAAUGGCGUCGGAGGAUGUGAAGACGAGCGAAUCUGCGGUGUCGAAGAUUGUUAAUUUCGCGGAGGAGGCGAAACUCGCAAAGGAAGAUAUAAAGCCCACUAAGAAUCAAGUUUACAGCAUCUGUAAAUCUCUGGUCGCCGGGGGAGUCGCCGGAGGAGUGUCAAGGACCGCUGUAGCUCCUCUGGAACGGCUUAAAAUUUUGCUUCAGGUUCAAAAUCCCCACAAUAUUAAAUACAAUGGUACUGUUCAAGGCUUGAAAUACAUAUGGAGAACUGAAGGCUUUAGGGGAUUGUUCAAAGGCAACGGCACCAACUGUGCUCGAAUUGUCCCAAACUCAGCAGUUAAAUUCUUCAGCUACGAGCAGGCAUCCAAGGGUAUAUUAUAUAUGUACCAACAACAAACUGGGAAUGAGGAUGCUCAGCUGACUCCCGUGCUACGUUUAGCGGCAGGAGCUUGUGCUGGAAUUAUUGCUAUGUCUGCUACAUACCCAAUGGACAUGGUUCGUGGAAGACUUACUGUACAGACAGAUAAGUCUCCUUAUCAGUACAGGGGAAUGUUUCAUGCUUUAUCAACUGUGCUACGCGAGGAAGGCUUUCGUGCACUGUACAAGGGUUGGCUUCCUUCUGUCAUUGGAGUGGUCCCAUAUGUGGGUCUCAACUUUGCUGUGUACGAAUCACUUAAAGAUUACUUGAUCAAAUCCAAACCCUUUGGGCUGGUGGAAGAUAACGAACUUGGUGUCGUGACAAGGCUUGCAUGUGGGGCUGCAGCUGGCACGGUUGGCCAAACUGUUGCAUACCCUCUUGACGUCAUUCGCAGAAGGAUGCAAAUGGUCGGGUGGAAUAAUGCUUCUUCAAUCGUCACUGGUGGGACCAAGACUGCCCUCGAGUAUAAUGGCAUGAUUGAUGCUUUCAGGAAAACCGUGAGGCACGAGGGAGUUAGGGCCUUGUACAAGGGUCUAGUCCCCAAUUCAGUGAAGGUUGUGCCAUCAAUAGCAAUUGCUUUUGUGACGUACGAACAAGUGAAGGAGUUGCUCGGGGUUGAGAUUAGGAUAUCUGACUGAUGCAAAUUUUUUGGGGGUCGAAAGGAAAAGCCUAAAAUUAAUAGAGAGAGGAGAGAGAAAGGGAGACAUUGAGAAACAUUUUAACAUGUGUUCAUAUAUGUUGAUUACUUGUUUCUGUGGUAUUUUUGGAGUCUUUUUCUGGGCAACCAAUAAGGUAUUAGCAAAAAAACGAAUGCAAUAAUGAUGGGCCUUUCUUUUUCUUUCGGUUCGCUUUGCUAAUUAACUCGUUUUUUAAUGGCUUUGUGAUGUUCAGAAGUAUGAAACCCCUGC